AUGGUACCGACGACGAGCAUCCUCCUCCUGGUCUUCGGAGUCCUGGUGAACCUGGUGGCGGCCCAGUUCCGGUGUCCAGAGUCCAAAGGAUUCUUCCCAGACCCGGAACAGUGCGAUCUCUACUACGCCUGCGUAGAUGGCCAACCGGAAGAGAGGCUCUGCAAGGACGGGCUCGUCUUCAGGGACGACAACCCGAAGAAGGAGUUCUGCGACAUCCCUGCUAAUGUUCCCUGCGGGGACCGCACGAUUCUCCAGGAACCUCAGCCUAGCAAGGGUUGUCCACGUUCAAAUGGAUACUUCAGAGACGAGGAUCCCACCGCUUGCGACAGAUUCGUGAAUUGCAUCGAUGGUAUCCCCCAAAGUAUGCCAUGUCCACCAGGACUCAUCUACGAGGACAAAAUGGCCGCCUGCGUUUGGCCUGCAGAUGCAUCUCGUACUUGCAACGACGUUAGACGCGACGUCCUCGACGACGGAUUUUCUUGCCCCGAAGGAGAUGUCGCAGGACCUCUCGGCAGGAUUCUUCCUCACCCAACCUAUCCUCAUCCCGAGGACUGUUCCAAAUUCUACAUUUGCAGAAAUGGAGUCAGGCCGCAAAAGGGCCAAUGCGAGGACGGGACCGUCUACAAUGAAGAUAGCUUCCGGUGCACCGAACCUGAUAACGUCCCAGGAUGCGAGGACUACUACAAGAAAAAGAACUGA